UCAUAGUAAAUCACCUACAUAAAUCACACCUCUCCCACAAUAAUCCAUAGGAAUGACAACCCCUCCCGCACAUCAUCACAACAUCACACCCGAGAUUGCGCCAUCGGCAAACCACAUUCGUGAUCGUCGCCGCGGCCGCCUCCUCCUAUGAGAACCGCCCAUCCCCAAUAAUACCUAGUCUUUGUAUCGGGCACGCCAUAUCCCUCCACUGAUGGUUACAUCGAUGAAUCCCUGUGCUUAUCGUUGAUUACCAGGGGUUGGGUUUUGGCUGCAGUGGUGAGGGGUUGUGCAACGGACAGGGAGGGGUAUAUAUACAUACUCCUCUUUCCCCUCUUGCAUCUAUUCCCAAGACACCACCCCAAUCUCUUUUACCCCAUCAACAAGAUCCAACCCUACCACUGAAAAAGUAACGACAAUGGCCCUUACCCAAACCAUCCCCAUUGAAAUCUUCCCCGACGGCCUCAAAACCACCGGCCAACACCCCCCUCUCGCCGAACACAUCCAUCCCUUUGAGAAAUUCCCCACCGAAAUCACCGGCCCUACGGUCUGGAAACCAGAAGAUUAUCGUGAUAAUCCUGAGAAAUGGACGCAUCGGUUUACGGAGGCGGAGAUCGACGAGCUUUCGUUUGCGGCGGAUGAGUUUCUGAGGAAGAAGAUCCCAAUGACGGGGAUAAGCAAGAACAACUUCCCCCUCCCCACCCUCUCCAUCCGCCUCCACUCACUCCGCUCCGACCUCCUCGACGGAAAAGGCUUCAUUCUAUUCAAAGGCUUCCCCGUCGAGAAAUGGGGGAACCACAAGUCCGCGAUCGCGUAUAUGGGACUAGGCACGUAUUUGGGAUACUUUGUCAGCCAGAAUAGUCGCGGCCAUGUGCUAGGUCAUGUUAAGGAUUUGGGGGAGGAUCCGACGCAGAUUGAUUCGGUGAGGAUUUAUAGGACGAAUGCGAGACAAUUCUUCCACGCUGACGACUCCGAUAUCGUCGGGUUACUCUGCAUUCAUCGUGCCCGGGAAGGCGGGGAAUCAGACCUUGUGUCUUCGCAUCAUGUGUAUAAUGUUCUGGCGAAGGAGAGGCCGGAUGUGCUGAAGACGUUGACUGAGCCGAUAUGGUAUUUUGAUCGGAAGGGGGAGACGAGUAAGGGGCAGGAGGAGUAUAUUAAGACGAGUGUGGUUUAUUUGGAGAGGGGGGAGAAUGCGCGGGUUUAUACUAAAUGGGAUCCCUAUUAUGUGCGCUCGCUCACUCGGUUCUCUGAUGCUGGCAUCAUUCCUCCGCUUUCCGCUGCUCAGGUUGAGGCGCUUGAGGUUCUCGAGGAGACUUGCAAUCGCGUCAAACUGCACAUGAUUCUGGAGGUGGGCGAUAUUCAGUUCCUGGCUAAUUCGCACGUGUUGCAUGCGCGCACGGCGUAUGUGGAUCAUGCGCCUCCUACGCCGAGACGGCAUCUGAUGAGGUUGUGGUUGGCGACGCCGGAGAAUGAGGGGGGUUGGAAACUGCCGUUCUGGGAUAGUAAUGAGAAGAAGAGAGGGGGCAUUCAGGUGGAUGAUCAGGCGCCGGUGGCGCCGUUGGAUGCGGAGUGAGCUGGUGUGGAUGAUUGUCAUGUCUUGUUUGAUGUAUGUUUAGCUUAUACCAUGUUUGAAUAGUUGUUGAAUUAGGUUAUGUCUCGUUAUUCAUAAGUCAUACAA